ACAAGUUCUCUUGGACUAAUUCCCUAAAAAUCUCUCCAUCUUUCCAUUCUUCUUCUACUUCUUCUUCUUCUUCCAAACAACCUCCCUGUCUUUCUGGGAUUCAACAUUCUUGAUUUCUUUCUUUCUUUCUUUCUUUACUUUUUCUGAAUUUUAGACAGGUUCAUGAUCAAUUGGUUCUUUUGAGUUUCAAGAUUGGGGUUAAUUGUAUCAGCAAUGGAACAGUUUCGACAAAUUGGAGAAGUUAUUGGGAGUUUAAAGGUUCUCAUGGUGUUCCAAGAUGAGAUAAGAAUCAAUCAAAGACAGUGUUGUUUGUUAGUCGAUGCUUUCGAUCUUGCUUUCGAUGUAAUUAAAGAAGAAAUCCACAAGAACUUGUGUUUCAGUGAAAGGCUUACAAAAUGGAAGGCUCUUGAUCAGCCUUUGAAAGAGCUGCAAAGGAUCUUUAGAGAAGGAGAGCAUUUCAUCAGACAAUGCUUGGAAACAAAAGAUUGGUGGGGAAAGGCUGUGUUGAUGAAUCAGAGCACAGAGUGUGUAGAUUUCCAUUUGCAUAACUUGUUAUGGUGUAUUCCGGUUAUCCUCGAGGCAAUCGAAUGUGCGGCGGAGAUAUCAGGGAGCCGACAAGAAGAUGUACAGAAGAAAAAAAUUGUGUUCUCGAAAAAAUAUGAGCGAGAUUGGAUGGAGCCGAUGAUUUUUCAGUUUGAAUACGGAAAACAGUACUUGGUAUCGCCGGAGAUGUGUCAUAGAAUGGAGACUGCCUGGAGAGAGGACCGAUGGAUCUUAUCGGAGAUGAUAUCUGACAAGAAAUAUUCAGGGAUUUCGAAGCAAGAGAAUAGGCUUGGUGAACUUCUUUUAGCUCCCAGAGGGAAGUUCUUUCCUACGUCACUGUUGUUGAAUUCAAAGGAUUAUCAAUUUCGAAGACGAUUAGGCACCGGAGGCAAGUACAAAGAGAUUCAAUGGAUGGGUGAAAGCUUUGUUGUCAAACACUUGAUCGGAGAGAUUGAUCCAAUUGCACAAGAAGUAUCUCUGCAAUCUUCAGUCACUCAUCCGAAUGUGAUGCAUAUUAUGUAUGCAUUUGCCGAUGAAGAGAAGAAAGAGAGUUUCUUGCUAAUGGAACUCAUGCAUCGAGAUCUCUCGGGUUAUAUCAGAGAAGUAAGUUCCUCGAAGCGAAGAAUUCCGUUCCCUCUUCUCAUAGCGGUGGACAUAAUGCUGCAGAUUGCACGAGGAAUGGAGCAUCUGCAUUUGAGAAAGAUUUAUCAUGGUGAGCUGAAUCCUUCCAAUGUCUUCGUAAGAACAAGGAAUUCUUCACAUGAUAUCGGUUACUUGCAAGCCAAGAUCACUGGUUUCGGUGUAUCAGCAAUGAAUCAGACACCCAGUGACACAUGUAUCUGGUACGCGCCCGAGGUAUUAGAAGAACAAGAACGAUCUGCAGAUUCAACUGCUUUUAAGUAUAGUGAGAAAGCAGAUGUGUAUAGUUUCGGAAUGAUAUGUUUCGAGCUUUUGACCGGUAAGGUGCCUUUCGAGGAUAGUCAUCUUCAAGGAGGUAAGAUGAGCAGAAACAUCAAAGCCGGAGAAAGGCCGUUGUUUCCAUCUCCAUCUCCAAAGUACCUUACUAAUUUAGUGAAGAAAUGUUGGCAGGCCGAGCCAUCACAGAGACCGAAUUUCACAUCUAUUUGUCGAGUGCUCAGAUAUAUCAAGAGAUUCUUGCUUAUGAAUCCUGAUCAUAGUCAGCUGGAAUCUCUGAUGCCGAAUGUUGAUUAUUUUGAGCUCGAGAUGAGCCUGUCCAAAAAGUAUGCUAGCUGGGCAAGGAAAGAGCCUUUGCAAGUAUCAGAGAUACCAUUUCAAAUGUUUGCUUAUAGGAUCUUAGAAAGGGAGAAGAAUAGUAUGAACAUCAUUAAGGAUAAGAGUUCGGAAUCCGGAAGUGAAGAUGCUUCUCUAUGUGGAGAUGAAACUGCACGCAAUUUGUGCACCUUGGAUGAUUCUUUGUCUGGUUCAGUAACUUCUUCGAAAUCAUCUCUUGGAAGUUCAGAUACCCCGAAAUCAUCACAAGUCAGUACUGAUAGAAACAAGAAUUCAUCGACAAAAAAAGUGAAUCGAAAGGACCGUAAGGAGACAGGGCAAAGACAGAAAGUAAAACCAGUGAGACCUCUGCAAACCACGAGGAUGAAUUCACGACGUAAUCUACAGCCUUCAGUCGUGCCAAGCCCCAGGAGGACAUCCGGAAACUCUGCCGAUACAGAGUUGCCAUAGAUCCCAAAGCACUUAGUUUGAUCAAACCGGUGCUUCUUGCACCAUAGAACAAAGACCGACACAGAGUAGCUUGGAGUAGGCCAGAUAAAAGAAAUACAGAGGCUGGAUCUGUGGCUAUUAUAGCAUCUCUUGUAGUUAGCAAGAACUCCAGUUUACAUUUGUCAAAUGAAUAGUCCUCUCUGUUUUUUCCAGUUUUCUGCAAAUGUGGUUGUAAUCUGCACAUCACUAAUACUUUGAAACCCAAUUUA